AUGAUGCUAAAGCAUCAACGGGAGAACAAGUCAGAGGACAACGAGAAUGAAAAUGAAGAGGAGUCCAGGAAGGUGAAAAGUAAUAAUAAUAAGAAGAAGGAGAAGAAGAAGAAGAGAAAGAAGAAGGAAAAGAAGACAACAGUAACGACGACGAUGACGACGAUUGACGAUGGCGAUGAGGAAGGAGAAGAAGAGGAAGAUAAAAGUGAGGAAGAAUUGCUGAAGUUGAUAGCACAACAGCAACAUAAUUUAUCACCAGACUGUUGCCUAGAAUCACAGCAAUUUUCAGCAAAAUAUUUAGCCAAUAAAGUGAUUGUUGAGGAUAUGUAA